AUGUCAUUCAAUAACAGUAGCAAUAGUGUACCGCAUGAAAGAUCAUAUCUUUUGAAUUCAAAUUCAUCGACUUCCAACUCUGCGAUUUCAACUUCAUUCGAUAAUAUCAGUAAUCAUCAUCACCUUUUGCAUAGCAGUGGUAAUAAUAUAGCUAUAUCUUUAUCAAAUAGUGGAAGUAAUAUAAAUAACAACAAUAACAAUCCAACAACAUUAAUAUCAUCACCUAUUAUUUUAUCACAUAAAAUGGAUAGUAUUAAUAAUAUUAAUAAUAAUAGUAAUAGUAAUAGUAAUAAUAGUGGUAAUGGUAAUAGUAUAAGUAAUAAUAGUGGUAAUGGUAAUAGUAUAAGUAAUAAUAGUAAUAUUCAAUUUAAUACAUAUAAUACAUUUUCAGAGAAUGGUGCUGGUGGUGUGACAUCUCCCUAUGGCCUAUCGAACAGUUCGAAUCCACUGAUGGUUGGAGUCGGCUAUGAGAAUAACGAUGAGGAACAGAUUCACGAAGAUGACUACGAUGGCGAUGAGAACAAUGCCAUAUUGACAGCAGGUUCACUAUCGAGCAGCAGCAACAACAUUCUCUCAAAAAGAAACAAGAAACUAGAGAAGCAACAACUACUGAUGACUCCACCCGCCGAUUUAGAUCAUCACAAUAAUCAUCAUCAUCAUAUAAGUGGAUCACCAAAACCAAGAGUAACAUUAAAUCAAUUACAACAACAAAAUAAGAAACAGCAGAAUGGAAAUAAUAGUUUAAAUAAUAGUAGUAAUAAUAAUAAUCACAUUAAUAAUAAUAAUAAUAAUAAUAAUAAGAAUGGAUUAUCUGUUUCAUCACAAAUAUUUACAUCAGUACCAUUGAAUUCACCAAAUGUUUUACAUAAUUCAAUUGGUGGCGGUGGUGGUGGUGGACAACAUCAUUAUCAGAAUGGUGCCAACCACAAUAACAACAAUAAUAAUAUAUCACCACAAUCACCUUUAUAUAUUCACAGACAACACUCUUCACAGAUAAACGAGCAAUACCUUUCGAUUCUUGGUGCCUCACAGAACGUUGUCAUCAAGAAGAAACGUGCUGCUAUCGAUCUCAAACUUGGCCGUAAAUGGCUAACCAACAUCAUUGUCGUCCAAAUGGUCGGCAACCUCAUAAGAGCACUUCCAAUAUUUAUUUUAGAGAAAUACUAUGUUAUGUUAUUAAUAUUUUUCCAAGGUUCAUAUGGUGUAAAGAAAUUAAAGAAAUAUCUGAUACUUUUAUAUGCAAUGGGAUGUUUCUCUACGACUAUUUUGGAUUUAGUUAUUACUUUUACGUAUGCACACAGUCUCAGUGAGCGGCCUUUCAAGGAGAUUCAAUUUGCUUUCUGGUCGUACGUGCUCUUUGUAACAUUACUUUGUACUCUUAAUAUUGUGGGUGGAAUAUUGUUUGGUUUGAAGAUAUUUGUUAGUUUACACACUCUGGACGAUCGAACUAGCAGUCCGUUGGUGUUGCUCGCCGCAAGUCUGGUCGGAAGUUUCGACUCGCACGAAGACGACGAAAACGCUUCGAAUGCCGCUAAAAUGAAUAGGACGAUCUUGUUCUACGGUUCCGAUCUAAAGAAGGCGUUGAACGUCACAAUGAGUCUUCAGUGGAAUCUGGCGGUGUUUGACGUGCUACGCGAGUGGGGACAGUGGAUCAAGCAAAAGUUUACGAAAUAUGAGAAUCGACCGACCUCCUCGAUUCCUGCGGACUACCAGGUCAAUGUGCAGCGAUACGCGAGCAACGAGGUUAUCACAUCAAAGUACAAUGUCGUUACUUUCUUGCCAAAAUCAAUGUGUUACCGUCCACCCGAUUACAUCGGUGGCAAAGGAACGUUUGUCGAGCUAGCAUGGAGGGAUAUCAAAGUCGGUGACAUCAUCAUGGUGAAAGGCGAAGAACUACUGCCUGCCGACAUUGUUUGUCUAUCGACAUCGAGACCCGACGGCAGAACCUAUUUGGAAACAGCCAAUCUAGAUGGUGAGACCAAUCUCAAGUUGAAAACAAACAUAUCGAAAACCAGUUGGAUUCGCUCAGCUGAAGAUCUUGAUAAAUUCUCAUGUCGUGUCGAUUAUGAAGGUCCAAACAAUGAUAUCUAUGGAUUCGAAGGUGUAUUAACAGUACUUAAAGGAAUGGAAAACUCUAGUAAUUUAGGUCAAUCAACUUUAGUUGGUCAAAACAAUUUCUGUCCAAUUACAAUUGAAUCAUUGUUGUUGAGAGGUACAAAGUUGAGAAAUACAGAAUGGGUUAUUGGUAUAGUUACAUACACAGGUGUCGAUACUAAAGUGGAAAAGAACAGUACAAAGAGUAGUCAAAAGAGAAGUUCUGUCGAGAGAGGUGUAAAUAAUAAGUUGAUUAUCCUCUUCCUCAUGCAGACUAUCAUUUGUAUUAUAUGCUCGAUUGGACACAACCAAUGGAAUAUAGAAACACAAGAGAGUUUUGAAUCGCUGUGGUAUCUCGAUGUACAGCCAGGUGAAAAGGAUUUCAUCUAUGUCAGUUAUAUUAUCCUUUACAACACACUGAUUCCACUCUCUAUGUAUGUCUCGAUGGAGGUUAUCAGAAUUUCGAAUGCUCAUUUCAUUGACAGUGACCUCGAGAUGUACGACGAGAAGACAGACACUCCUGCACAAGCCAGAAACACAAAUAUCAACGAGGAACUCGGUCAAAUACAAUAUCUAUUCUCAGACAAGACUGGAACACUCACUUGCAAUGAGAUGGUAUUCAAUCGUUGUACCAUUGGUGGAACAGUGUAUGGACCUGACGAAGAUAUUCACUUGCAACUCAACAAUGACUUGGCCAAUGAAGACGUCCGUUCUAGCUAUGUCCGUGAGUUCCUCACUUGUCUAGCGGUUUGCAAUACCGUUGUCAUCGAGAAGUCAAAGGAAGGUGCCGAUUUGAAUUACGAUCCCAAGUGCUAUCCAAAGUAUCAGGCUGCAUCGCCCGACGAAGAAGCACUUACCAUUGCAGCUGCUAAGUUUGGAUUCGUGCUGAAGUCGCGUGAAGACAAUGUCAUUACCAUUGCAGUCGAUGGUCACGAGGAGCGUUAUGAACUACUCAAUGUUUUGGAAUUCAACAGUUACAGAAAGAGAAUGUCGGUCAUCGUUAGAACUGAAAGUGGACAGAUCAAACUGUAUUCAAAGGGUGCAGAUUCAGUGAUUAUGGAGCGAUCCGAGAAGAGUACAGCGAUUCCGGGUGUCGAUGUUCACAAGGCAACAGAGACACACAUCAGUCAAUUCGCAUCGAAUGGUUUGAGAACUUUGUGUAUGUCGGUUGUUGUACUCGAUGCCGAGGCAUACUUGACUUGGAACAGAAAGUUCGAGGAGGCAUCAGUUUCGCUGGUGAAGCGUGCUGAGAUGAUGGAUCAAGCCGCCGAUUUGAUUGAGAAGAACAUGACAUUGCUUGGUGCAACCGGUAUUGAAGAUCGUCUUCAAGACUACGUACCGGAAACCGUCCAAUCGCUAAGAGAAGCCGGUGUAAAGAUAUGGGUGUUGACUGGUGAUAAGCAAGAGACUGCCAUCUCCAUUGCCACUGCAUCGUCGGUCAUCCACAACGGCAUGGAAAUUGUCAUCCUCAAUGAAAAUACAAAGGAGGAUCUAUUGAAACGAUUGCUGAGCUUGGUCAGUCAAAAGAGAAUAGUAAGCUUCAACGAUAGUCGACGUUGGGGACCACAGCUUUUCGGUAAGCUGGCAUCGACACUCAAACUGGAUCCGUCGGAUGCUCCGCUCAUCUUGAACCGUACCGGUGAAAUGCAAGUACAAAUGGCGAUUGUUAUCGAUGGAUCGACUCUCCAACUUGCACUCGACAAAGACCUGAGAUAUCAUUUCUUGCAAGUCGCUAAAACCGCAGAAUCCGUAGUUUGUUGCCGUUGCUCACCUUCACAGAAAGCCAAAGUUGUAAAACUGGUUGCCGAACGUUCGUUCUUGUUUGGCGAUGGUGCAAUCACUAUGGCUAUUGGUGACGGUGCCAACGAUGUACCAAUGAUUCAAAAGGCGCAUGUAGGUGUCGGUAUCUCUGGUCGUGAGGGUAUGCAAGCCGUUUUGGCAAGUGACUUUGCAAUUGCCAACUUCCACAUGUUGCGUAGACUGCUGCUGGUACACGGUAAUCGUAGCUACAAGAGAAUGACCAAGCUGAUUCUCUACUCGUUCUCCAAGAACGUCGCUCUAUCGAUCUCACAAUUUUGGUUUGGAUUCUACUCGGCGUUCAGUGGUCAGAUGAUCUACUUUGAUUUCCUUUUCACCCUUUACAAUGCUUUGUUCACCUCGCUACCUGUGCUCUCGCUCGGAACAUUCGACCAAGACAUCAGGGAGGAAUCACUCCUCUCUGAACCGACCAACUACCGUGUCUGCCAAUCGAAUAAGCCAUUCUCGAUGUGGUCAUUCAUCUACUGGAUCUUCUUGGGUAUGUGGCAAUCGGCUAUCAUUUUCUUUGUUACAUUUUUCGUUCUUCAAGACGCCACUGUCCAAGGUGGAAAAACACUUGGACUGUGGUCGUGCGGUACCGCUGCCUACCUCUAUCUCAUUCUCACCACCAACAUUCAGAUCUCAUCGAUCACCUGCUACUGGACCAAACAAAGCUUCAUUGCCGUCGGUGUCAGUAUCGUUGCAUCGGUCCUCUUUGUCAUACUCUACAGUUUGGUCUACUGGAUCGAGCCAGAGGCACAAGACAUCAUUUUCGAACUCUUCACAGUACCGGAUUUCUGGUUCCUCUAUAUCAUCGUACCUUGUAUUUCAAUGUUACCGUUUGCAUUGGUAACAGUCAAUAAUUGGAUGUUCUCAAAAAACAGUGAACGCUACUACUCUGAGAAAGAUGGUUUCAUCAAACUCGAUGCAGAAAAGAACUCCAAGAAAUAA